AUGUGGUUCUCUUUGUGCGCUGCGCUCGCUUUGGUGGCUUCGACUUAUGCCGCUCCACAACCAGUCAACGACGAUGGCUUCACCCCGCUGAAAGUCAUAACCGAAGCGAACCACCUUGCAAAACGGGAUGGCCACAUCCUUCCCCUUUUUCAAGUUUGGGACACUGGUUUGAGCGACUACCAAAUGUUUGGAGGAAUCGACGUCACCGUUGGAGGUCAGACAUUUCGUCUCCUUUUCGACUCCGCCGCAAGUGAUAUAUGGAUACCGAGCGCCAGUUUCAAAUGCUACACCGCUCCAGUUGAGGGAUUCGAGCCCAGCCCGGAGAAUUUCUGUGUCAAUGCGGUGUAUCACUCUGACACGCUGUCGGGUGGCAUCAUCGACAAUCUCAACUACAACGAGACCUACGUCAACGGUUACAACGCUUUCUAUGGUCGCGCAGGCUACGAGACCGUCACCAUAGGCGGUGUAACAGUCAAGCAGCAGCAGAUCGGGUUUAUCGACAAAGGACACUGGGACGUAAACACUACUGCAGGUUGCAUCGGAAACGACCCUCUCAAAGACAAGGAGUCCGAUCGACUACCCGCGAUCAAUUGGCAUCUCAACGCCUUUAAAGAGGGAUCCAUUGCGCCCGUCUUCAGCCACAUAUACGACAAAGGUUUCUUCCCCGUCGGACACGAAAUCGGAAAACUGGUACUAGGCGGCAUUCCUGAUGUUGAACUUACUACCGAAUGGGCGUCCUCCCCCAUUCUCAAAGUGGUCAAGCAGGAUCUCCGAGAGCCACUUUCAGAGGCCGCGCUCAAGAAUACGCCAUAUCCGGACUACGGGAAAUACAAGAUCACCGGCGAGGGCGUGACCUUUACCGUCAACGGGAAAACCUUUCCUGCAUUAGAUGGCACCGGAGACACGUUCUUUAUAGAGAUUGACAGCGGCUCGGUCCCCGUCUUUGCCGCGAAAUCCGUGAUCGAAGAAAUCGCCGCAGCGCUCGACCCUCCAUUCAAGUACGACAGCAAAAGGGAUGCAAACUCUUUGUUCGGGCCGUGCAACACCAUUUUGAAAGACAUGACGCUUAACAUCGGCGGAGUUUCCCUCCCGAUAUCGAAGGACAGUCUGAUGUACACCACGACUGAUGUCCCUGGUCCGCCGCUUCCAUCAGAGAGCAACGACGAGUGUGCUAUUGCAUUCUAUCCAAACUACCCCAAGUACGACGAAAACUACUUGUUCCUUGGCACCCGCGUCUUGAGAGAGUUUGUUACUGUCUACGGCAGACACCAGAUGGACGCAGCCCAGACCUCUGUAUACGUUGCCAUUUUCGAGGCGAACGAAUGA